AUGCAAGAAGGUGACAAGGUUUGGCUCGAUUUGAGGAACAUCCAGACAACUUGGCCCACAAAGAAGCUGGAUGACAAGUGGUUUGGCCCGUUUGAGAUCAAACUUCAGGUGAACCUGAAUGCCUAUAGGCUGAAGCUCCUGAAGCACUUCUUGGUUCACCCAGUAUUUCAUGUCAGCAAGCUUCAGAGGUACUUCCCAAAUGACAUCAAAGGCCAAACGGUGAUGAAGCCUCCCCCACCCAUCAUUCAUAAGGAUACUUUGAGAUCAUUUGAGGUUGAACAAAUUGAAGACAGCAAGUUUCAAUAUGCCAAGCUCUACUACAGAGUGAAGUGGAAAGGCUACCCCUCUUCAGAGAGCACCUGGGAGCCAAAGGACAACCUUUGUGGAGCCGCUUGGCCCAUUCGGGAGUUUCACCAGCAGUACCCUGAAGCACCCCAGCAGCUGUCUGCAACAGACUUUGCACAACUUUUGUUUCACCCACUUGAGAACUUCACCAAACUGCCAAAGCAAGUCCUAUUCAACUGGACAGAGGGGAGAGCAAAUUGA